AUGCCACAGGAAGAUCAGCAAGACCUCAGGAUGAAGUCCGAUGCUAUUGUGCAGCAUCUCAACGCAGCGCUUCCCAUUAUUCGCAAAGUUUGCGAAAUCUCUGGCGUCCCCGCAGCCUCGAUUGGCGUCAUUCACCAAGGCCAGAGCAUCUACGUCGAGAACAUUGGCCAUCGAAAUGUCGAGGCGCAGCUUUCGCCGACAUCAGACACUUUGUAUGGUCUGGGGUCGCUGACAAAAGGCUUCGUCGCCGCCAGCCUGGCUCAGCUUCUCCACAACCAUCCGACUGUGACUUGGACAACACCGCUACAGAAUAUCUGGCCAGAGUAUCGACCGCAGCAGCCGCAGCUCAAAGGAAAUGUGUCUCUACUCGAUUUUCUCUCGCAUCGCACGGGACUAUCCGGGGACAUGUCUGUUGCCCUCCAAGGUGAUAUGGAGUUUAUCCUUCCACCGUCCGAGGUGGCGCCGAUUGUGUCCCGGCUUGAUGUAGCUGCUCCUUUUCGUCAGUUAUGGCUGUACAAUAACUGGGGAUACAGUGUGGCCGGAAAAGUCAUGGAAAAGCUAUCGGGCAAGCCUGCGCACGAGUACAUUCGCGAAUCUAUUCUGAUGCCUCUGGGCCUCUCCAACACUACACUGCGACCCGUUUUCGAUGAACAUAUUGACUUUGCGGAUGCCUACGCUGCACUCGAGGAUGCAAGUACUCAAUGUCUUCCGAGGGAGUUUCCAUUUCUAGAAAGCCUGUUUGAGACGGCCGGUGGCAUGUAUUCGACCGUCAACGACAUGCUCAAGUAUUGCCAAGCUCUGCUACGAUCCCGGAUUGAUCCGCAGUCCACCCCACUGGGUAAUCUGGAAAUGCUCUUCCAAGGUCACAUCCCACUAGAUCGAUCCAUGGAGAGUUUUGGAUCGUACGGUAUGGGCUGGAUUGAGACUCACCUGCCUAGUGUACUUGGCCUUCAGGGUGACAAUGCAGAGCUCUUCCAAUGGGACGAGCUUCCCUAUAUCAACGAUCCCAGAGACCCAAGCAAAUCCCUACUCACCUUUUACCAUCAAGGCGCAAGCUUGGGGUACUACUCUGCCAUUUAUCUCUUCCCGGAAACGGAAUCGGGAUUUGUUGUCCUGACCAACUCCAUGCCCCUCAGUGACGCUGCGGACUGGAUCGCGCAAAUUAUUGCAGCCGCUCUGCAUGGUUUCGAGACGAGCGCCGACUAUGUCGAACUUGCCAACGAGGCUCGCCGACGCAAGGUUGGUAAUGUUGCUGCUAUGAUGGCCGAAAUCGAAAAGACGCGGGAGGAACACCCCGGUGACCUCCCCCGUCCACUCGAUGCUUAUUGCGGCGACUACUACAACGCGCUCGGCAACUUUCAUGUACGCAUCAAGCAGCAUAAGGUCAAAGCUGGUGUCUUGGAGCUCGCUUUUCAGGGAAAAGCGACGCAAGAAUACGAGCUUCGUCAUCUCCAUGGCGACAUUUUCGAGUGGGCGCUCACUCAUGAUGAGCAGGCUCGGCGCGCGAGAUUUACCACAUGGGAGCAAAGCUACUUUUUAGUUAAAUUCCUUCCCAAUGGUACUAGUAACAUUGUUGCUUUAGAGUGGGGAAGUAAUCAAGAGAAACUCACAAGUAGCAACAUACAAAAUAGAAUAGCUGACCAUAGUAGUAAAGAGUUAUAA